AAUGUGCCUUCCGCUUUCGCCAAAUUAACACUUCACGCCGCGGCUGUUGCUUUUAGGUGAGUACGACGGUCUGUAACAGUACCUGAUGUAGUACCGCGAAAACGUCACCCGCCCGCUUAGUUGUGUCAGCCUAGCAUGCCUUCAUCGGAGUAUUCGAACGCCAUCGGUGGCGGUCUCAAGCUGAAAGGCGCGAAAGAUGCGGGCGUGAAGAAGCCGAAGAAGAAGUCCUCGAUCAAGCCAGUAGAGACGCAGAAGCCAAGCGAUGCCGAAGAAACGGGCACUUCCCUACAGAAAGCGCUCGCGGAAGAGGAACAGCAGGGUCACGAAGAUGGCGCGGUGAAGAAGGAGCGAGAAGCCGAGGUGAAACGGUAUGGCAAAACGGAGGCCCAGCGUCGAUACGAGGAGAGAAGGCGGAAGAGACUCGACGAGCGCUUGAAGCGAGAGGGUAUCAAGACGCACAAAGAGCGGGUGGAGGAGCUCAACAAGUACCUCUCCGGCCUCAGCGAGCACCACGAUAUGCCGAGGAUUGGGCCUGGUUAAUGACACCCCACAUACUAUCCAAAGGUCUAUCAACAAGCCCGUGCUCCACUAGUCAGUAGUGGAAGCGAAGCCGUAUGUCCAAACACCAGGGACGGAAAGUUCAACUUGCUGCGCCGUCGUGAGCGGCAUACGCGCGGUCGGCAUCCUGCCGGCCGCGAAGCUGCUCAGAGUACGCCACGCGGAUUCAAGCCUGCCAUGGAGCGAAGUCAUGGUUCGAUGGAGAACAGACCCAAGUCUGUCGCUAUCGCAACUGUAGAGGAGCGGAGAAUACCUGACGCAACCCCUAGUCACACGAUACAGCAUUGGGAGACGGCCAUUCUGAGCCCGAGGCGAAGAUGAAUGCUCAGCGCAAAAGCUUGAUGCACUACGUGUGCCAUGUCUGCGCUAUGCUAAGCGUCUCAUCAGAUUACAAUUAAAGCGUACGCCCAUCCCAAAUAACGCCUCAACAGAUCAAC